AGGCAUUUUAAUCACCAGCAGCUCGUUUUCAGAAAUGGGUUGUACUGCUCGUCCAUUUCUUUGCAGCUGUCAAAUUCGUAGAGCCUUCCUUCUCUCACUGUUGGUGCCGCUCCUGUCUAUUCCCCUGCAAAUUCAAGGGGGUAGGCUGAUGAAAGAUGACGAAAAGAAAAGCGAGGAGAUGGUGUUGUUGGGAGGAGCAUUGAUGGGAUCGAGGCCACCGAGCUGUGAGAUGAGAAGCAACAGAUGCAGAAGCCAUUGUGAGGCAGUUCAGGUGCCUGCGACUACAGUAGAUGAUCAGUCGAGCGUGGAUAAGAGAUCCAAUUACAAGCCCAUGAAGUGGAAAUGCAAGUGCGGGAACAGGAUGUUUAAUCCAUGAAAAUGAGGAUCUUAAUUGUGUGUGUGUUUUUUUCCUUCCAAUUUGGAUUUCACAUAAAAUGAAUCCUGGCCGGAAGCCUUUUCUAUUGUUUAUAAAUUUUGAGAGGAUGAG